GCGAAGAGAUCAUACAACUCUGCCGUACCCAACCGGGGGUAAAAUCCUAAUUAUCCUGCACGACCCAUAUACCGGCGCCGUCAUGCCUCUUCUUGAAGACCAGCGCCUGCUCCACGAGGAUCUCGAACGACUCGAGGACGCCAUCGCCGAGCGGCUUUUAGAAGACCCCAAGCAUAUACGAGAGCGCCUCGCCCGCGAUCAUGAGAUCAACGAGUUUCUUUCACUUAUUGAGCAUCAAUCCGAUCGCCUGCUCAAGAUAUAUGAGGAUGUCGACGGCGAAAAGGAUCGCGAACUUCGGGAUAUGAGCACGGGGGAUACGAUGGCCUCGUUCAACAGACAACUUGCCUCCAUCCGAGAGCACUACCGCCGGUAUCCGAACGAACCUGUGGAGAACCUCGAGAAGGCGUACAAAACUCGCACACCAGAAGAUCAAGCUCGAGCAAUUGCCAGGAUAGAGUCUAUGUUUACGGGUGAAGAAGGAUUUGGUCGCUUCUUCGACUUGACGAUGCUUCAUGAGCAGUAUCUCAAUCUACCAAUUCUCCAACUGACCCGUCGGUUGAGCUAUCUCCAAUAUCUGGACACAUUCGAUAACUUCACGCAAGGUACCUUUAAUAGGACACAGAAGCUUUCAGAGUCAUAUUUCCAGUAUCUCAAGGCCCUCCAAGAAUAUCUGGAAAGCUUUAUGCGUCGAACCAAGCCUCUGGAAAAUCUGGAUAAGCUGUUCGCCAGCUUUGAUAAAGAGUUCGAUGAGCUAUGGGAGAAGGACGAGGUGCCUGGAUGGGAGAAACAGGAGAAACGGGCGACGACAGUUGCAGCUUCGGAGGAAUCCAGAUCAACCGAUGGCAUCUGGUGCUCUGCCUGCAAGAAAGGCUUUGCAUCGGAGGCUGUGUACGAAAACCAUUUGACGGGAAAGAAACAUAAGCGGGCGCAAGCCCUAUUAGAUGAAGGGUCAAGGAAUGUAACUGACGUCAGCGUGCCCUUGAGCACCAGUGCACAGCGCUUGAAGGAGCGAGCAAUCGCGGAAAAGGAGUUUCGAAUUCGAAAGCUUGCGGGUGCCAUGCAGACCGAGCGGAGCGAUACACGGGCCAAUGUUGAGAGGAAGCAGGGUAUGACCGAAAGGGAACGUCAGCAUGAACUUGAGAUGUUGUACAACGACACGGUAGAGGGAGCUGGCGCGAAGGAGGAGGACGGCCACGAGUCGGAGGGCGAAGACAAGAUAUACAAUCCGCUCAAGCUGCCCCUUGCCUGGGACGGCAAACCCAUUCCUGUGUGGCUGUACCGGCUUCAUGGUCUUGGAGUGGAGUUCCCCUGUGAGAUUUGCGGCAACUUUGUCUACAUGGGUCGACGCGCUUUCGACAAACACUUCAGCGAACCUCGACAUGUGUACGGUCUCAAAUGUCUCGGAAUUACUGGCAACAUCUCCCUCUUCCGUGAAAUUACGAGUAUUGAGGAAGCGACCAACUUGUGGAAGAAGUUCCAACAGGACAAGAAGAAGGAGAAGACAGAGGCCGACAACGUGGUGCAAAUGGAGGACAGCGAAGGCAAUGUUAUGCCUGAGAAGAUUUACAAUGAUUUGCUGGCACAGGGUAUCCUUUGAGUGUCGUCCAUGAUGGUAAGCAUAGGUUACUGGAGUUUUGGUUACAGGUUGACAUCUUUUGGGAACACUUUAGGGCUAUUAUUUGCUCUUAUGGGGAAGCCUACUGGCCAUGACCAGGUAUGGGGGUUAUUGCUUCAGCGUUGGCGUUCGGACUUCUCAAUAGGGCGGUUUCUCAUUGAUACCUCAGUGAGAGGCAGUUGCACAUGGAAUACGAGCUGUACAGGAUUCCCCAGUCCUCCCUCCCUAAUGCAGGUGUCUAAUUAUGUCAGGACCUCGCACUACCUCGGUAUCACGCCCGCAGAAGGUCAGACUUUGACCUUCUUAUGAGAACUGUACGUGGACGGCAUGACGAAGGCUGUCUUGCACUCCGCUCAUCCGUACACCGACCAUUUGCUUGACCUUGCCAAGGAGACCAGCC